AUGUUCCCGAUGCUCCCCAACUUUUCGAGCAGGGAGCACGCCGGUACAUCCCAAUAUCCCAACCUCAGAGGGGCCAUUUCGUCCAUCAUAGGGAAUUACAGGGGCCAGUCCUCCACCCCCAAACCCUUGGGCAGAGGUCGAGGUGUCCUGUCCCCUCUUGCCCACUUGACUUUGACUUCCUACAUGGAAAGAAAUCUGGAUGUUAUGCUAUGCUGUUGGAUGCUAUUGCGUAAGAGCCGGUCCGAGAUCCAAGUAUCCAAUUCCUGUCCUCCUGCCCCGUCCGCCUACAUAGUCCCUGCCGCCCCUGCCCAAGACACAUCUUGCCCAUCUCUUUACAUACCUGCUUCCUCACGAACCAGCACUCUCGUAUAA